GCAGGGGGCCUGACGCCCCCCCACACCCCCCGCCGGAGGUCCGCCCGUCGCGCCAUGGCGGCCCGCGAGCCCCCCGCCGCACCUGCGGCCGACGAGCCGGGGGGCCCGGGCGGCCCCCCGCGCAGGAAGAAGUCCCGCUCCGGCGCGUCCGGCCUCCGCCGCGCCUUCAGCUGGCUGCGGGGCAAGCGGCGCAAGAAGAAGGCGGCGGGGGCCGAGGGAGCCGAAUCGGCCGCCCCCCGGGCCAAGAAGGCGGACGACAAGGCCAGGAGGGCCAAGGCUAAAGGCCAAGGCUCUGCCAAGGCUGAGAGUGACAAACGUCUAAGUGUGGGGCCUGGCCAGGGGCCAGGGUCCGUAGUGGAUGAGCACCAGGACAAUGUCUUCUUCCCCAGUGGGCGGCCGCCUCACCUGGAAGAGCUGCACACACAGGCCCAGGAGGGGCUCCGUUCCCUACAGCACCAAGAAAAACAGAAACUGAAUAAGGGUGGCUGGGACCAUGGAGACACCCAGAGCAUCCAGUCUUCCCGGAUGGGGCCGGAUGAAGAUAGCAUCUCCUUCUGCAGCCAGACCACAUCCUACACGGCUGAGAGCUCCACAGCAGAGGAUGCUCUCUCUAUCCGCUCAGAGAUGAUCCAGCGCAAAGGCUCUACCUUCCGACCCCAUGACUCAUUUUCCAAAUCGUCUGGGAAGUCAGGGCGGCGGCGGCGCGAGAGGCGGAGCACGGUGCUGGGACUGCCGCAGCACGUGCAGAAGGAGCUCGGCCUGCGGCACGAGCGUGAGGCACCAGGUAGCCCUCGGCCUCCUGGUCCUCGGGAUGCGCUGCGCAUCCCCACGGUGGACGGCCGCCCCGCGGGCCCGGUCUCGGGGACCGGCGCCCGGGUGUCCCUGCAGGCGCUGGAGGCGCAGGCCGAGGCUGGUGCCGAGGUGGAGGCCAUGCUGCAGCGCCACAUGGACCGUAUCUACCGGGAUGACACCCUCGUUGGGCGGUCCACUGGGCCCCGGCCCCCGCCGGUGAUCCGGCCCAUGUCCUUAGCGGUGCCCGGCCUGACGGGAGGGGCAGGGCCUCCAGAGCGCCUGAGCCCAGCCAUGUCCAUCUCGCCCCAGGCCACCUACUUGUCGAAACUGAUCCCGCACGCUGUGCUGCCACCCACCGUGGACGUGGUGGCCCUGGGCCGCUGCAGCCUGCGCACCCUGAGCCGCCGCAGCCUGCUCUCAGCCAGCCCGGCCUCUGUCCACUCGCUGGGCCGCUUCUCCUCGGCCUCCAGUCCGCGGCCCCGCAGCCGCCAGCCUUCCUCCUCCAGUGACACCUGGAGCCACUCUCAGUCCUCAGAGACGAUCGUGUCUGACGGCUCCACUCUCUCCUCCAAGGGUGGCUCUGAGGGUCGGCCCGAGAGCUCUGUGGCUAGCCAUAGUGUGGCACCCCUUCCCCAGGGGGGCAGCGGGAGGGGCUCUCCCAGCGGGGGCAGCACGGCCGAGGCCUCGGACACCGUCAGCAUUCGGAGCAGCGGGCAGUUGUCGGGCCGGAGCGUGUCCCUGCGGAAGCUGAAGCGGCCCCCCCCGCCUCCCCGCCGGACCUACUCACUCCAUCAGCGGGGCCCGGCAGCCCCCGACAGGCCCUUGGGGUUGCCGCCUAAGCCUGAGCGGAAGCAGCCGCUGCAGCUGCCCCGGCCGCCCACCACCGGUGGGUCAGAAGGGAUGGGGGCAGCCCCCUGUCCCUCCAGCUCAGCGGGCACCUGGGUGCCUGGCUUGUCUCCAGGGGGCUCCCGGCGUCCCCCACGCUCCCCAGAACGGACGCUCUCACCCUCCAGUGGGUACUCGAGCCAGAGUGGUACCCCUACCCUCCCUCCCAAGGGUCUCACAGGGGCUCCUGCUUCCCCGGGCAAGGCCCAACCCCCUAAACCAGAGCGUGUCACUUCCCUUCGGUCUCCUGGGGCCUCUGUCUCCUCCUCCCUCACCUCUCUCUGUUCCUCAUCCUCUGACCCAGUCCCCUCAGACCGUUCUGGUACACAGAUGUCGACCACCCUGGGUGACAGGUUUGCCAUACCUCCUCACCCCAAGGUGCCUGCCCCCUUCUCCCCACCCCCUUCCAAGUCCAAGAGUCCUAACCAAGCGGCCCCUGCUCCGGUUGCUCCUGCUGUGGUCCCUGGGCCCGUCUCUACCACUGAUGUGAGUCCUGAGCCUCUGCCAACUCCGCAGACCUCCCUGAUCCCACCACAGGAGUCUCCCAUUGCCUCCAAAGACAAGUCACCCCCACCAUCCCCACCCCCAUCUUACCAUCCUCCCCCCCCACCCACUAAGAAGCCAGAGGUGGUUGAGGCCCUGUCUGCCCCAGAGACUGCUGAGGAGCCCCUCCAAGACCCCAGCUGGCCCCCACCCCCGCCUCCUGCACCGGAGGAGCACGACCUGUCCAUGGCUGACUUUCCCCCACCUGAGGAGGCCUUUUUCUCUGUGGCUGGCCCUGAGCCUGCGGGCCCUCCAGAUGCCCCAGAGCCUGUCAGAUCCCUGGCUGCUUCGUCCUUCCCAGUUACCGUCUCUUCCCAGAGCCAGCUCCCCCGUUCCCCAGAGCCGCCUCCAGCUCCACCAGCCCCACCUCCUGCUGCUUCUGUCCCAGGGCUUCUGGCCAAGGUCCCUCGGAAGGAACCAGUGGGCUGCAGCAAAGGCAGUGCGGCCCCCAGGGAGGAUGCUGGUGCACCCCUGGUCACGCCCUCGCUCCUGCAGAUGGUGCGGCUGCGCUCUGUGGGCGCUCCUGCAGUAGCUGCGACCCCGGCACCCGGGCCAUCCGCCCCCCAGAAGCCGCUCCGGAGAGCCCUGUCAGGGCGGGCCAGCCCAGCGCCUGGCCCCUCCUCAGGGCUCCAUGCUGCUGUCCGACUCAAGGCCUCCAGUCUGGCUGCCAGCAAGGACCCUGUGAGUGGCCAGCCCAAUGGACCACCUGAGGCGGAGCCACGGUCUCCCCAGUCCCCUGCCUCUAUGGCCAGCUUCAUCUUCUCCAAGGGCACCAAGAAGCUGCAGCUGGAGCGGCCAGUGUCCCCUGAGGCCCAGGCUGACCUCCAGCGGAAUCUGGUGGCUGAACUUCGGAACAUCUCGGAGCAGCGGCCAUCCCAAGCCCCAAAGAAGCCACCUAAAGCUCCCCCACCCGUGGCCCGCAAGCCCCCAGUGGGGGUCCUGCCAUCCACCUCCCCCACCUUUCCUCGGGUCGAGUCCCUUCCUGCUCCUCCCACCGACGGGCUCCUUCGAGCUGAGGACAGGACUAAGGGGGAGCCGGUGGAGAACGGAAGCAUCGUGCAGCUGGUGGGCCCCGAGGAGCAGAAGCUGGGCCCGCCUGGCUCAGACCCACAGAAAGAGCUGGUCUGACCACCAGGCACCUCGCUGGCACUGCUGACCCAUCCCAGGAACAUAAUCUCAGGGACCUGAGCAGCUCCAAGGACGAGAGAAUAUGGCAGAUCUAGUAGAGAGGACGCCUGCAGCCUUAACCGUCACAGCCUUCGAUAUUUAUGCAAGCCUGGUGGUGAUCCUGUCCUCCGAGUCAUCCAGCACAUGCCUUUUCCCCCUGAAUGGAUUCCCCUCUGGCCGCUUGUCUUGGCCUUGGCCUCAUCUCGGAGGAGGUAGCUGGUGGGAGCGGGUGGCUGCGCCCCCUGCUGGCCUCGAGGCCGCACAGUUGGGAGCAGAGCAUCUCAUUUGAGUUUCUUUCCUUUUACCCGCCAUGUCCAAAUCAUGCACAUACGGUAGUCCCGAAUCAACGCACUUUUGAAAAGCAGCUGCGUGUCCAUCCUCCAGGGCCCACGAAGCCACAUUCCAAGGGCCUGUUUACAUGGCGGCAGCAUCAGUCCCCGUUUAGCCAGCCCAUAGCUGGGACCAAUCUGACCCCUCCCUCUGAUCCGGUUUGCCCAUUUCUUAGUUCUUGGAGGUGGGCGAGUCACUAUUCCCACAGGUUUCUCCAGGCUGGAGGCAGGAGCGGGGCUGUGGAAUUUCCAAAGCACAAAGGGUGCAGCAGGGGUUAGCCCUCCUGUGCCUCAACUUAGCACCAACCACCCUCCUUGCCUUCUAGUUCUGCCAGGUGCUCCAUGCCGGGGACAAGAAGUGGGGGACCGCCAGGGCCUAAAUGGGGGUGGGGGUGGGGGAGAGGAACCAGACGGGAGGUCCACAGGCCCUCUGUCUUCAGAGAGUAGGAGAACGGAAUAGGGAGACAUCUCAGUGGGCACUUGGUGAUGCCAAGCAUCCGCCCCUUGUCUCACUGGGUCAGGUUGGGGUGGGCAGGCGCUACACUUACGAGGCAGGAGCCCAUGGGCUGUGGCAAAGCUGUGUCCCUUUCAGCUGGGCAGGAAGUCCUGAGGAGGUGGGUGGAGGGGUCUGGCCGGGGGGAGCGCUUGUUUGGGCAGUGGGCCCGGACCUGGCCCUACAGAUUACAUUCUGUGACCUUUCUCUUUACUCAGUGCAUGUUCUUUCUGCAGCUGCCUUUUAGCCCAGGCGGUUUCACGGGGUUGGGGUGGGGGGUGGGGGCGCUGGCGCUGAGUGACAAGGAUGGGAACCCAAAGGUGCAUUCUAUUGCAGACUCUUCCCUAGUCAAUGAAGGGGGGUUCUGUGCUCCUAGGGAGCAGGCUGGGUGAUUGCUCCCUGGCCGUCAGCCUCUGCUACUGAGCUCUCCUCUAGGAAUUUUAAUGACCUCUUUUCAGCCUGUGCCACCUCUCUAGGUAAGCUGGCUUCCCCACCGGCUCCGGCGCUUCCCUCCAGUCGUGUGGCUCCCACCUGGGCCACCCCUUCUGUCCUGAUCCUCUUUCCUCAACAGUGACUUGGGCUUGAGCCUGGCAAGGAACCUCACUUUUAGCUGCUUCUCUGGAAAGACUGAACCCCUCCCAGAACAAGAGCUGGGAACACAGGGGAUGUGGUACGAGAGCCCAGGUUCCUCUGGCCCGCCCUCACACUGUCUUCUCCCUGUAGCUGUCAACCACAGUUGUUCCCUUGCCCCAUGGGUGAGGGAGAGCAGCUACUGGGUACCCAUUGCACCUGCCCAGUGAGCUGGAGAAAGAGGAUAGUCAGUAUGCACUGCUCUGCUCAGAGCUCCUGACCCAAUGCCCUGGGAACCAAGACCAGGCCAACGCCUCCACGAGACCAGGCUCUGGCGGCAACCCAGAGCUGCUGGAGGUGGGAGGGAGCCCAGCUUCUGUGUUUCUUGCUCUCCCCUCUCAAUGUUACUUGAGCUCCUUAUCCUCAGCUAGAAUCUUCUGAGCUUGUUUCCCCACUGGGUGGGACAGAGUACAAAGGAGAAGGGAGGAUCUAGAAGAGGCAACCCUUCUUUGUCCUCUGGGGUAAAUGUGCUUGACCUAGUGCAAAUGGAGAGACCAAAAGCCUCUGAUUUUUAAUUUCCAUAAAACUGUUAGAGAGAGAAGUAUAUAUAUAUUUCUUUAAAUUUUUGAGUCUUUGAUAUGUCUAUACAAACAAUCCAUUCCCUCUGCCCUGAAGCCUGAGUGAGACACGUGAAAAAGCUCUGUGUGUGUUUCAUUCAAAGGUGUUAAUUAAAUGAUUAA